AUGCAUCAUAUUUUUUAUCUGUUGACUGUAUUUCUUGGACAUACGAUAUCGGAACCAUAGAUAUUUCUUUUACAUCGCUUGCGUUAGGAGAGAGAUCGCUAUCGUUCAUUUCCAAAAUGGUUGCGGCCAAGAAACAAAAAAAGACCAUCGAGUCGAUCAACUCAAGAUUGGCUUUGGUUAUGAAAUCUGGCAAAUACUGCCUUGGCUACAAGCAGACAUUGAAGACUCUGCGUCAAGGAAAAGCUAAGCUGGUGAUAAUCGCUAAGAAUGCUCCUCCACUAAGAAAAUCUGAGAUUGAAUACUAUGCCUUAUUGGCGAAGACUGGAGUCCACCACUACAGUGGUAACAACAUAGAAUUGGGCACAGCUUGUGGGAAAUACUACCGAGUGUGUACACUUGCUAUCACAGACCCCGGUGACUCAGAUAUCAUCACCACCCUGCCUGAGGCAACAGCAUAGGUUUUAAUAAAGUUUUAAAUAAUUA